AGAGAGAGAAACAGAGAGAGAGAGAGGUUUCCCUUGCAAUCGGCUCAGAUCGUCCGGUCUUCUCCCUCUCCAGUCUUUCUUCUCCACUUCAGAUCGGAGGUGACAGGUGAUCGGGCUGUCUGUCUGUCGGAUGUUCUUGGGCAGGAUUCUUCCCACCGCGGUGAGGCUGGACGGAUAAACUCACCAUGGCGCUGGAACCGGAGGGGAACAACCGGCUCCUGCAAGACGUGCUGGCGAGACCGGGCAACGAAACGUGCGCGGACUGCGGCAAUCCAGAGCCGGACUGGGCGUCGCUGACUUUGGGUGUGUUUGUUUGCCAGGCCUGUUCGCUCCUUCACCGGAGCAUUCCCCACAUCAGCCGGGUCAAGUCUGUCCAGGACACGUGGGAUGCCAGCGAGGUGGAGUUGAUGGCUGCUACGGGAAACAAUGCAGCCAAGGCCAAAUAUGAGCAGAAGGUUCCGGCUUUCUACUACAGACCAACACACACUGACUGCAAGCUGCUGAGAGAGCAGUGGAUCAGAGCGAAGUACGAGAGGAAUGAGUUUGAGUUUAUCGAAAAACAGGAGCCUUACUCUGCAGGGUACAGAGAGGGGUUUCUAUGGAAACGAGGAAGAGACAACGGUCAGUUUCUCAGCCGAAAGUUCAUCCUGUCGGAGAGGGAGGGAGCGCUGAAAUACUUCAACAAGCAGGAUGCCAGGGAUCCCAAAGCAGUGAUGAAGAUUGAGACCCUCAAUGCCACCUUCCAACCGGCCAAGAUUGGCAACCCCUGUGGUCUGCAGAUCACCUACCUGAAAGACAACAGCACAAGGAACAUCUUUGUCUACCACAGUGAUGCUAAGGAGAUGGUUGACUGGUUCAAUGCCAUCAGAGCGGCCAGGUUCCACUACCUACAGGUGGCCUUCCCUGGAGCAAGUGACGAAGAGCUGGUACCCAAACUAACCCGAAACUUCAUGAAAGAAGGCUUUAUGGAGAAAACAGGUCCAAAGCACACAGAGGGCUUCAAGAAGAGGUGGUUUACUAUGGAUGACAGAAGACUCAUGUACUUUAAAGACCCUCUGGAUGCCUAUGCCCGUGGUGAGGUGUUCAUUGGCAGUAAGGAGAACAGCUACACUGUCCUAGCCGGCUUGCCCCCCUCCACACAGGGCUACCACUGGAACAAUGGCAUCACCAUUGUCACGCCAGACAGGAAGUUCCUGUUUGCCUGUGAGACCGAGGCAGAGCAGCGGGAUUGGAUAGCUGCCUUCCAGAGGGUUAUUAAUCGACCAAUGAGGCCACAGGAAUAUGCAGUGGAGGCCCAUUUUAAACACAAGCCUUGAAGACUGCAGGAAGCCUUAACUCAGUUGGACCGGUCCAGUCUCAUUCAGAUCAGAAAUCCCAAAAGAUACUGAAGAGGAGAAGAAGAGAAAGAGACAAAGGGACUCAAGUCUGGAUUUGUGUAGAAAACGUGAACUCUAAUGGGACAAAAGGCCUAUCAUGGGCAAAAUUUUGGUAAUCAGAGGCCAAACGGUAGAUGAUGUCAUCACUAUUGCGCCUACCAACUUUGUGCUAUACAUUAUCAUCCUUCCUUUCCUUAGCCAUGUGGACCCUUUCCCUGCAACAAUCUCCCCUCUCUCAGAUUUUGUCUUGUGAAUGGUUCAUUCUACCUGUAAUCUAAUGUAAUUAUGUAAUCUAGAGUCAUUUCACUGGUUGCUUAACAAAGACAAUGCAUUGUUAAUUUAUUGAAUGUACAGUUUUGACAACAGUGGCUUACCGUGUGUGUGGAUUUGUGAUGUUUUCAUUGAGGACGCUGUGAGGUUAAACCUCUGGCACUGAAACCCUGUAAAACCUGAACCUACAAAGUGCUGUUAACAACAAAUAUGCAUAAAAACACACAAACUCUCAGUGAUCACCGUCGCUGUUAACGUAGCUGGAGGUGUCUCAUCUGCAUCCAGACAGGGUUCCUUUAAAACCUCAAACUGACAGCUGUUCUCCUGUUUAUUUGUACUGUUGAACAUACUGAACCAUCGUAGACAGUUAUUGCUGCUUUAAAGGAUUGUAAUGUGAGAGGAUUGUAAUUUACACUUACACUUCUACAGCUGUUUUAUUUACGUUAUGCAGCUUGAUUUAAAGACAGAUUGUUGUGUUGAUCCCGAAAUCACAGUGAUAGUUUGUUUCAUUAAUAAAAUCUUAACAUUAAUACAGAUUAACCUGAAA